AAUAAGAUAAUGAAAAAGAAUGAAAGAAAUUAGUAAAAGAAGGAGAGAGGUGAGAGCCAUGCUCUCGUACAAGAGCACACACAUUUUGUGUGAGCUUUUUUUGAGUGUCCAACUUUGAUUUCUUACAUAGCCCUGUUCUCUCGCCGCAUAUACUAAAGUUCUCAACCACUCUCCUCUCUCAGACUAAAACAUUUCUUAUAUAUAGAAACUAAGAUGAUGAAACGAAUUUUUUUAAGGUCACCAAGGUACAAGAAAAAAAUAGGAAUCAUAAUCACUUCAAAUCAAAAAUUCUCAUCAAGUCUCUUAUAUAAACAUCUCCACUCCUCAAAGAUCACAAAUAAUGCUUUCACUUUCUGGAUCGGUCCCUAUCUUGGCCGCGGUGGCCAUACAACUCCUCCUUAUAUCCAGCGUUUCUUCCCUCAACAUUACCAAUGAGUAUCUCCACCAUGCAUGCAACAACACCCAAGGGAAAUACAAGCCAGGGAGUGUGUUCGAGAAAAAUCUCAACAUUGCCCUCAAAAACAUAUCCGCUUUUAAUCUGCACAAAGGUUUCGCCCUUGACUCCAAUAUGAAUAGACCCUACAAAAAUAUACCUCCCGAUACCGCCUUCGUCAUGCUCCAGUGUCGUGGCGACUCCUACGGGUCUAAGUGUCACUCAUGCCUCACCACAGCCCUCUCUGGGCUUCGUAAGAAAUGUCCGAGAAAUAAAGCAGGAACAAUAUGGUAUGACCAAUGCACUCUGGAUAUUUCUACAUUCAGUGCCGGUGACAGCAGAAUCCUCUAUGAUGAUUAUUUAUGUAUAACCAACCCAAAGGACCUGAGCGGAGAUAAGAAGAUGUUCUAUAAGAAAAAGAAGGAUUUCACCGAAAAGCUAAUAUCUGAAGCCGGCAAGUUGGGAAACAACAGCAAGGGGUCACUGUACGCAACGGGAGAGACGAUGAUCGGGACAAAGAAGCUUUAUGGAAUGAUGCAAUGUACGGACGAGUUAUAUGAGAAUGGUUGCUCUGUGUGUCUAGAUUGGCUUGUCUUGCAACAUCCAUUCUGCGGCGAUGGAAAACAAGGAGUUAGAUAUAUGUGUAGAAGCUGUAAUGCAAGGUUUGAGCUUUACCCUUUUCUUAGAACUUAAUACUGUUUGAUGGGAGCUCUUAGUUUGCUUUAUGUUUGACUAAGUGCUAUAUCAAGGAAUAAAAAUUGUUAACCUCUUUGUGUUUUAUUUUCUGGCUAAAUUCCAAACUUUAUAAUCCAUUUCUCAAUGUUACUUUUGAGAUCAGGCUAACAACUUUAUAACCUCUUUGUAACCCAUUUCUCAAUGUUAAUUUUUGAAAUCAGGCUAAACUUUAUAACCCAUUUCUCAAUGUUAAUUUUAAAAUCAGGCUAAACUUUAUAACCCAUGUCUCAAUAUUAAUUUUGAAAUCAGGCUAAUAUAACCUCUUUGAGCUUUACUCUAAACAGCUAAAUCAGGCUAAAUUCCAAACUUUAUAACCCAUUUCUAUUUUUUACUUUUUCUUAUGUGGGUUUAUCCAUGUCCAUAUAAUGUAUACAUUUAUUUAACUUGCGUUUAAUGUUAAUAUAGUAAAAGUAAGUUCAUGUGAGUUCUCUAUGAUAAUAUUACGUGAUAAUAUUACGGCUCACGUAUAGUGUGUGUGUAAUUUUCUAAUGUUCUCUGUUACAUUCAGUAUUUAAUGUUCUAUCACACAGGAAUUACCUUAAAAUGAGGGCACCGAAGUUUUUUUUUUUCAUGUGAAACCAAUGAACUCUUAGGAAUUUGUAACUGGUUGUGCAUGAAUCUACUCUAAAGGAGCUGAAGCAGAUGUGUCUCCAUCAUCAUUUAUUGCAUAUUUUGCUCUUUACCGCUGCUCUGACUUUCUUCCAUUUAUCUCUGCAAAUAGACACAAUCUUGCUUAUUAAGAGAUUGCUCUCUUUGCAAUUUGUUUGGACACUAUUCACUUCCCUUUUGUUCUAAUUUUUUUUGGGGCUCAACAUCAAAUUAACUUACGAUUAACCAACUAAGAGAUUCAAACAAUUUAACCUCAAUAGAGUUUAACCACAGCUACAACGAAACGAUCUAAUAUCAUUUAAGAACAGGUUUAUGGAUCCUAUGGUACCUAAUCGAUCUCGAUUGUUCUCACUUAGUUGUGGCUCUUAUGAGAUUGACAUUUACUUACUUGAUUGAAGAGACAAAGAGACCAAAUUGUAGUUGAUAUUUAAAAAGCCCUUCCUGUUUUGUGAUAAUCGUUCAUCACUUAUUUCCCUUUUAUUCCUUCACAAACAAUAUUGAAGUUUAAACCUUUUUCUUGGGGUCUUUCAAGAUUCACUCUGCAAUCAUAAUGACUUUUGAGUUUAGUUAUUGUUUUUUGUAUUUUGAUUUCAACAAAUCAUAUGCAAGUAUGGAACAUUGAGGAAAUUACUUGGGAACUCUACUUGUUCCAAUGAUAAUCUUAAGGUGAUCUUUAGUGAUUUCCCUGGUGGAGCUGAUACUUUUGAGCUUGUUUCGAGAGUCUGCUACAACGACGGAGAGUUACAUAUAAUGUCUUCAAAUGUAGUCAUGUUACAUUGUGCUGCUAAGUUCAUGGAAGUGUUCCUAAACAGAAAAGUGUAUGGAAGAGAUUCGGUUUUGGGCUUGGUCAGAGGUUCUUCUUGGUUUGAAACAGUGUCAAGAACUUAAAACAUCCUCUGAAGCUGAUUCUUUAGCCGCAAGUUUGAUUGAUGCGCUCGUGGAGAAACUGUUUAGCCAUUGAAACGGGUCCCUCUUGUGCUACUUUUCCUUGUUCACCAUAUAGCAGCUUGUUUCGGUUUUCUUGUGAUAGUAAAAGCACAGAGAGUUUCAAGAAUAGCUCCUCUCGGUUAACAUGGUGUUUCUAUGAGGUUCUUGUUCUAAGUUCUAGCUUGGUGAUGAUAACGCGAAAAUUCGAUAAUCUUACCAUAUGUAAGUUCUUUCUAUUACCAGAAGGUUAAGUUCUGUUCCGCGUCUUCUAAUGAGAAAAGAGAGAUUCUUGAAACCACCAUUGAUACUAUUUCCUUGUUAGAUCAAAACUGUGUUCCUUACAAGAGCCUUUUCAAGGUUUGAGGCUCGCUCUUGGAUUGAACAUCGACAAAAGUGUUAUGAACAAACUUGAGCUUAUGAUUGGUCACCAACUGGAUCAAGCAACACUUGACAAUCUUCUUGUACCAUCUCCAUUGAAAUCAAGUCACUUGUACUAUGUGAGUCUCGUUCUUAGAUUCACAAAAGCUUUCCUCAACGAAGCAAAGAGAGGAUCACGGUCAAAACUCAUAACACUAGUUUCAACGCCAUUGUUAAUUAACAUCAAACUAAAAAAUGGAAACAGAGAACUAACAGAGAUAGAUAAAGGAGACCGCACCACCAAGCAGGGAAAUAAGACACGUACAUAGUUUCAUGCUCAGGACGUUUCAGCAGCGGGUUGAGUCGCACCAUGCUUCGGCCACAGUUUGGUGAGAGAGUCAGGAGAGUGAACAUGGUACUUAACAUUCCCCGAUGGAGUCAAAAACACCUCAGCAAGCUCAAGCCGAAGUCACAUAUCAUCCUUAUAGUCUUGUCUCAGAAUAGACUGAGCAGCCUGAUUGUUUGCUCCAACAGCCGCAGCUUUCCAACCACCAUAGUUCCCACCAGGAUCACUCAUAUACAGCUGAUACCCAUAGUUCUUGUCCCACCCUGCAAAAAGAAAAGACACUCCAAAGGGACGAAGACCACCGAACUGCGUGUACCAUUGCUUCGUGUCACAAAGAAACUGAACCAGCUGCUCCACAGGCAUGGGCUCUUCGUACAUGAAGGUGUAGCGUUGCGCGUGGACACGAGCCGUGUUGAUGAAUAUGUUGGCAUCAGACAUGAUACCAGCAACGGCACAAGCUAACGUGGUCGUCGAUCUUGUACAUUUUCUCAGAGGAGGUGGAGGUUUGAAGAAACUUGGAGGUGUUUCUUCUCACCGAUCAUAAAUUCAAGCCCAGGAUAUUAACUUUUGAUCUAUUUUUUUGUUAAUAUAUUAUAUAUGGUAACUUUGUGUGAUGUUUCCAAAAAAAAGAGAGGUAACUUUGUGUGUACCAACAGUUUUGCCAUCAAGAUUUUAUUCUUCUUCUAUAUAAUUCUAGUCCCAAAUAUAAGGAGAGUUAUAUAAAGAAUACCUUAUGCGAUAUAUGCGAUGUUCAUGUAUGUUCUUUACUUAUAUUAGACAUUUUAAUUAGAUAUAUGCGAUGUUCAUGUACGUCAAGUAUCAACAAGAGUACCUUUAAUUCUUAAAAACAUUAUAUCAUACUAUGCUUGCACGGUGUCACCGUGUCCGUAUUUAUAGUUUACAGACUACAUGUUUUGUUGAAUCUCAGUAACAUGUUGUACUAUAAAGAUACAUAGAUAUAUUGUAAUAUCAUUUGAGUUUUAUUAUGUAUGCUGUAUCACCGCAUAAGAUAGAACUGCAAUGGGGAGUUUGUACUAAUACCAUGAUUAACCUCAGUUUCUUAACUGUAGUUUUUAGCUUUUCUUAGAUUUUAACUAAGACAAGCUAAUAACCGUCUCUUAAAUAAGGGAUACAAUACCCGUUUUUUAGCCAAAAAUAUAUAUUAAAAAAAGAGAAGUGAAAUCAUGAGUUAAGAACUUCGGCUAAGAAAUCGGAGUUAAUCAUGCUCUAAGGUUCUCAAAACAUUAAAUCAAACGAUAUUAACAAAGUAUUACUUUGAGAUUCUCAUGUUUUUGAGUUAAUCUUGAUAAAAAAAAUAUGAUGAAUAUUUAUGUAUAUAUACAUUCAAGAAACUUGUUUUCAGAUUCCCUCUAAGUUUUUUUUUUCUUUUUUUACUGAAAUCUGGUAAGGUUGCUUUGAGUUACAAGACGCUAGCUAAAGAAAAAAUCAUCUCCAUAGUUUACAGAUUUACUUUUCCAGACCUUUUAAUACAUAAACUAAAUGUGUAAUCACCUGAGCGAUUGUAAUAUAUGUUUGGUUAAGAAUUAUCAUAUUUAUUAAUUUACUCAGAAGAAAGAAGUAUUAUAUAUUUUAUUUUUUUAUUAUAAGUAUAUGAUAUAUGUUGUUCAAGAAAAUGUAUAUGAUAUAUUUGUUAGCAUAGAUAUACGUGUCUGUAUACAACUAUAUUAAAACACAUGUACUUGGUCAGAAGCUAGGUUGUGGUAUGAGGGGCGCGUAUCACAUUUGCAUCACUGCAAUGUGCAUGGCUAGUUUGUAUCCCAUUUAUGUUUACACAUUUCUUUAACGUAUGCACAUAAAACAAAAUAAGCAUACUGCGUACACAGAUACACACUUGUUUAAUAUUUAGAAAAGGAUACCGUUUUACAGUUUUUCUUCUUAUUAAAAGUACAACAUGAAAACACAAAUAAACCUUUGACUAAAGAUAAAAAGAAAACACAAAUAAACCCUUUUUAUUGUAUCAAAUGAAACAAGUGAUUAAACCUCGCACACACGCACAUUAACCUCUCAUCAAAA